AUGAGUGACUAUAACCAACCGGAAGGUGGUGAAGGAGCUGAAAGGGGUGAUGAUGAGGCCGUCAUUAGCGAUACACCUGUUGACGAGGAUAACUUACUUUUCGGACUAACCGACGAUCAAAGACUGGAUGAUGCAAAAACAUCCAGUUUCCGUGAGGAUAUUAAGAACGACUCCUUCAAAAAGAGGAGAGAGCAGUUGUACAAAACUGUACACAUACGGGAAAUUUAG